AUGAACACGGAAGGGCUUUCACCACCGAGAAAACGUGCGCGUCUUCGUGCCGAAGAAACGACGACUUUCCAUCCUUUAUCCCUCUCUAUUUCACCCCCUCUUGCUUCCUCCUCUCUCACGUUUUCUAGUCUACCAUCUCAUGAAGAAGAAGAAGAAGAAGAGGAACAAGUUCGUUCGGAUCUUGCCAUGUCGUCCUUUCUAUUGCUUGCUCGAGGACGUCUUGAUGCAUUGACAGCACCAAUUCCAUCGCCAUUGGCUGGUUCUGCCUCUGUAGACGCUCUUUCAGCUGCUGCAGGGACAUUAGAAGCACUUAGUACGAGUAUUGUACCAUCUGAUGAGCCAAUGCCACUUGCUAUGGCUGUAGCAGCGGAAGAAUCGACAACGGACGACGAGGAGCUCCAACAUCUUUCAAUGGUUAAAACGGAGUCUUCUAGUGCGAUGAUUUGUGCGACCGAUGGCUCCAUUGGUCUUGAAUUAGACUAUGAAGAUGUUGUGACGUUUCUGUUUAAUAUGGCACGAGAACAAAAGACACAGGAACUUUAUAAAGGAAUGAGAACCGUGGGCAAAGCUCGAAAUGCUCAUGAACUAUUGCCACGACUUUUAACAGCUGAAGAUGAGACGGGAUUGACGUUAUUGAUGAUUGCAGUACGUGGGAAUGAUAAUUUGUUUUGUCGGAUGCUGUUGGAUGCUGGAGCUGAUGUGAAUUAUAAGACAGAAAAGCGUACUUAUGCUCUUCUUCUUGCAGCGCAAAAGGGUUGGGUAGAGAUUACAGCGUUUUUGCUCGAGUGUGGCGCCAAUGAAGAAUCAAAGAACAUGGCACUUAUUCCUGCAGCUCAUUUUGGUCAUUUGCCCGUUGUGAAAAUGCUUUUGGAGACGGGAGGUAACCAGAAUUACGCCAAUAAGAAGGGCACGACCCCAUUGAUGCGUGCAGCGCAGGAAGGACGUGCGGAAGUGGUCAAGUUCUUGAUCAAGAAAGGUGCUGACACAUGUGCGGCCAAUAAUGAAGGCAUGACGGCACUCAUGCUAGCAGCACAGCGUGGACACGCGACUAUCGCCACGAUGCUCAUGAACUCGGGCUCGAAUGUGAAUAAGCAGACUCGGCAAGGCAGUACGGCACUACUGCUGGCUGCCAAGCGCGGACACACGGCUGCUGUCGAAGCGCUAAUGACGGCUGGUGCAGAUAUAUUCCUCAAAGACGACCGGGACAAGACAGCAGCCGAGACAGCUCAGCGUCGAGGACACGUGGAUUUGUUUUUGAAGAUUUCGGUGCAGAACCAGCUCCGAUUAAUGCGCGAGGACCUCCGACGGCAGAGGUGCUACACGCUGAUGCGUUUAUCGACGCUGUAUGUCCUAUCACGUGCGCAGCUGACACCGGUGUUCACGAACCAGAAGCGACAGCAGUACAAUGCUCUGAUGGAUCGCACGCUGCGCUUGCCCAAGCCGCUGUUGCAGAACAUUGCUCUCUUCCUGCCAUUGUGCCGGAUGUGGGACCGUCAGCUCCGGUAUCUAAUCUAUGAGGCGGCGCCGCAGCCCAAUCGCGUGGUGCAACAAGGAACUCGCAUCCUGGACGAGGUGCUGCUAAGCGUCAGUCUUGAGAUGCGACCUAGUCUGCAUCGAAUUAAACAGGAAUGUGGCGGGCCGCUGCACGUGACCGGCCAGUUAGGGCUGCUGCGCGAUAGUCCAGAGUACCGUGGAUUGUUUACGACGGAAUCGCGGACACUUAUGCCUCCACGUAUGGUGCAUCAGCUGCGACGUAUGGCCGACAUUCAAGGUGCACUGUCCACAUAUGCUGCCGGUUCGUCAAUCCAGUUUGGCGUAGAAGUUGCGCAGGACGUGGUGGCGUUGCUCACGGAUCUGCUGAACUGGGAAAUUGGUCGAAGGCAAGCCGAGCUGUUGAAUUGA